AUGCCAAAGCCAAGGUCCCACAUGCCAAGAGAUUUGAUGGUCACAACAAAGGGAGUUGGCAGGCUACAUCAAAGAUGGCCAGAACAGCUUGCCCGCGGAGAGGCCGCGGCCAAGCACCGGAUUAGGUUGAACCAGGAAGGGCAGUUGGCUCUUGCUCCCAACUUGAGAAGCGCAGAAGGCCCCUCGGCGAGGACGGGUUUUUCUCCGCUUGACAUUGCUGACGGUAUGUGCUAUCAGUGCUUGAUGCUGUAUCAGGCACCAUCACCAGCUACCUUGGCCACAGAGGACACAGCGAGGCAGCGAGGUGUGCAUGAGGUCUUCGACGGAGCGGCCAGAGAUCGUGGUUUGAGGAUGACUGGGCAGGCGGAGCUUCUGAAACUGGCUUCGUGUGGGAAGGCUCUGAAAGGGCUCAAAGAGCGCAAAGAGAAGGUCCCUCAUGCGUGA